CUAAGAAGAUUCAGGGGAAAGGAAAUGGUGAAUAUCUGAGUUUAAAUACAACUAAACGUUUUUGAAUACAAUUUUCCACUAGCAGACACACACAACAUACACAUUCACAACAUACUGAGCCACAACAGAUUUCUGCCGCUGCAAGUUUCAUAAGAGCUACGCGAGGGGGCAGUUAGGGGGAUCCAGAUAGAGAGCAAUUUACAGCUCCUUACCAGACUCCUCCCAUAAGGUACCUGUGGAGACUAACAUCAUCGAAACAGAAGCAGACAAAGAGCAGGAAGAUAUGGAGAAGGGGGUUGUACUUGAAAUAGCCAAUAGGAAGAUGUUCUUGAAUGACACAGAGCACAGGAGUGGAGUCCUGAUACAGAGCACAGUGUAGAGUUGUUGUCAGCCUGACAUUUCAGUUGUCCUAGUGAAAAGCCCAGAUAGAAUUUAUUUGUCAGCAGUUGCCAAGGGCCCUGAACCACUUGAAAACUCGGAUCUGGAACCAUGGCUCUCACUAAUUUCCACUACAUCACUCGGAUGAGCAGUGGCUUUAAAGUUUACAUACUGGAAGGUCAGCCUAACCUGAGGAGUGAGGACAGGUUCCGUCACAUGACCAGUGACAGAAUGCGAGUGGUCCCUGCUCAUCCACCCAAACACAGGCACAGUUCAGAACGAGGGCGGACACUUGAAGAGAGGAGAGAAAGGGCCUUAAGUAAGAGCCUGGCCAACACCACCAGGAGAACAUCAGGCUUCAACAUACCUGAGAGUCCUACAUCCACCUGGAGCCCCACAGCCAGUCCCACUGACCUCAUUCCCAGCCCUGUCCUCUCCACACCAAGUAUGGAUGAGCCUCUCGCCCUCAUCAAGAAACCCCGUCAAGAACUAGAGAUGAUGGAAGAUAAGAACAAAAAAACCUCAGUCAGGCACAUACAGGUUCGUCCCUCAGUGAUCACUUGUGUCUCAUCAACUAAGUCAGCACAUAGGGCUGAAGACUGCUAUGAACAUUCCUCUGUAAUGACCCACCACAGUUGUGAUAACGUUGAGGAGCAUUUCCAGAGAAGUCUUGGAGUGAACUACCAAAACAGCUCCUCCAAGCAGCUCUCUAUCAGUGUGUCUGUGGAUGACCACUUUGCCAAGGCCCUUGGGGAGAAGUGGCUUCAGCUUAAAGCAUCAUCCUCCUUUUGUACCUCUUCUUCUUCGCUAUCAUCAUCUUCUUCAUCUCCAUCUAGCAGUCCCACCUUCAUUCACUCACCUGGCUAUGGCCAGAGUCCCAAACGGGCCCGCAAGGAUUCUGUCAGCCCAACCACAACCACUCCCAGUCUGUGGUCAGAGAAAUGAAAUGAAAAAAGAAAAGCAUAUAUAAUUAAGUGAAUGAACUUAUGUGCACAAGAUUGACACAUAGAAUCAUGCUAUGUAUGAUUAGCACCUGUACAAAAAUGACAGGGUGUAGUGAAGCAAUAUUGAGGACUUUGGUACUGAAGUACUGCCUGUUUGUAUGUCUCUCUCUACAUGGGAUUUUUCUUGGAGCAGUUGAGCAUGAUAUGCCCUAAUUUCAAGGAUGUGAAUAAUUUCUUGAUGGCUAGGUACUGCUAGAGAAGUGUAAUAGAUAGGUUUCAUUUUUUUCCCAUGACUUACAUUGUUUGCCACUGAUGAAUAUUUGUUGUCCUUCAUUGCACUGAUUAUUAAUAAUACCAUUUCAUUUGGCAGUAUUUGCCUAAUACUAAUACUAAAUGCUAGAGGUGUUUGUAUAUGCAUAGGUCCUGUAGUCCAGUUGUGGUACCAUUCAAAGUAAACGUUAAAAACAUUAGUAAUAGAUUUUGUAAUGAACACAAACACUAGCAUACAUAGCAUACAGUGAGAAAGAUUUUGGCAGAAUUUAAUGGGAUGAAUUUCUUCAUUUCAAUUUAUGGUUGGAUUUCAAGAAUCAGCUACUGUAAAUAUUAUAAUAAACUUAUUCAUUUACA